AUGCAUCUGAGCUACAUCAUUGCUGUCCUGACCACCGUCGGUAAUGCCGUCUGUGCGGUCCCUGAUCUACAGCAGCUCAAGUCGUUGUCCGUCGCUGACGUAGCACAGCCGCCGGUCCAGAUCACCCAGUCGGAUCCUGGCGUCAGCAAGAGAUCGUUACGCGUGCACAAGUUGGAGGACGAUGAAGAUGACGGAGACGAGGACGGGGAAGAUGAGGAGAACAAGGACGAUGGGGACGAGGAAGAUAAGCUUUCACCGACGGAGGAAGAGCGAUUCUUAUCCUUAUCCUCUUUACUCGGUUUCAGUCCAGUUGCCGGGAAGUCGACUGCAAGCAUAGCACAUGGUGCAGCUUUGAAACGUGCGGAGAUCGCAAAGACGAGUUACCCAUUGAGUACGACAUCUGGUGCGCAAGCUGGACGGGUGUCCAUGCAACCGGCAACGAAUACCGCGCCGAAGGUGCAAUCUCUGAGGACGAAACCGGGGACGAAAAUCACUCCCACACUGAAGAGCGUCGAUGAAGGGGAGGUUGUGACACCGGCACGCGUGGAUGAGUUGCUUUGGGGACCGAAAACCGUGCAGAAGCUGGAUGACGUCGCGGAACCCGCGGUGAGCGGCCAUGCGAUGAUGAAAGUCAUGACAGAGCGCCAUAAGACUGUACAGAAGUACAAAGACUCGCUUACGGACCCGAAAAUGACGGCGAAAAAGUUUCGGAGUGUCGUCGAUAAAGACGAUCUCGAUCGGGGUCUUGAUCCAGACGUCAUCUACUCGACGAAGUACUUGAGCCGGUGGUUCGACGACAUCAUCAAGCAUAGUGACGAUGCCGAACUUGUCGAAAGGGGUAAGUAUUUCUAUAAGCGCAUCAACGAGAAUCCGGAUGCUUUAAAGCGGUUUGGGCCUCUUAUGGACGAGACAAGGCACGUGGAUGAUAUCACUGGUUCGCUGACUCGAUCGGCGAACGGUGCGUCGCGAAAGGAUGCGGAGGCCGCCGAACUCCUGGUUCAAGCUCACAUUAUUACCAAAAUAGUCGACCAGCGAAAAAUCAUGAAGCCUAAACUCGUAGAGAAGGCUGCGAGGAAGGAGCAGAAAGCAAUUCUUCAGAAGAUUGAGGAACAUGCGGAAGAGGCUGUCAAGGGUAAGUGGGAUCUGGAGACUAUGAAGAAAAAGCUGAAGGUGACCGAUCAGACACCCCGAGACAGCGUCCAGUACAAGGCACUCAAUGGGUUAAUUGUUAGCCGCAUAAAGAACGACAUUGUUGCGAAGGGCAGCGAUAAGAGUUUAAUGGACGAAGCUUUCGAAGUUGUUGCCGCUCUUGAGACGAAUAAGCUUGCGCAGAGGCACCUUGUCAGCGCUAUGAGCGACACGCCGGAAAACGUAAUAAAGGCGAACAUGGGCAUAGGCAGGCCGGAGUUCAGUGAGCUGCAACAACUCGACGCAGCGCAGGCAUGGGUAAUACUGCUGCGGGCCCGCCAAUUGGGUCGGCAGAUCGGGUUGUGA